AUGAAACGAUACUCUAUAGCUCCUUCAACUCAUAGAAGGAAAACCACUAUAGAUCCAGAUUACAACCAUGCCAUAGAAAGAGCCAAAGAAGAACUAGAACGAUUGGAUCAAGAAAAGACUUUGGUUCUACAAGAAAUCGACAGAUCUCUAAGCCAAGCCAAUAACGUCAUAAACCAUAAGAUCUUUCCCGUAUUGAAGAAGUACUCUCAAACCUGUGAUGAGAUCAAGAACAACUCUUCAUUUUGGAAGUACUUUUUUGAGCAAUCUGCUCUGAUCAAAAUAGAGAGUUACGAAUCCCAAAUAGACGAUAAAGCUGGCGUUGGGAAAUCUGAGAGUGUUGAUGGUGCUGGUGCAACUUAUAAUACACCAAUUGGUGAUGUAGAAGCUGAUAAAUUACAUAGGAAAAGACCAAGACAAAUACAGAGACCAAUUGUUGCUGAAGAUGAUUCAAUUGCAACUUUUGAAAGUACAACGACAAAUUUAAAAAGACCCAAUAACAAUCGUGGUGCCAUAGACCAGUCAACUCCUCAAUGGGGUGGAGAAAAGCUUAAUAAUAAUGUUAACAACAACAAUAUCAACGAUAAUAGCAGUUUACUGUUGGAACCACCUCAUCUUCAAUCUACACAUCAGGUAAGAAAGACUCAUCCUCCAGUGAAGACUCAGACAAUACGAAGAUCACUUGACAGCUAUCAUAAAGUAUCGAUAUCUCCUCAGAAACAGACUACAACCACUCCUAAAUCGAGCCAUAGGUUUUCUACCAAACUCGAAGCUUGGAGAAAUUCUUCUCCUACAAUGCCAGAACCUCCUGUUCUAGAGUCAGGCAUUACUCCUCAACUAAAUAGGUCUUCUGAGGGUCGGAGGGUGGUGUCUCCAACCCGUGGAUCACGCAUAUUUGGGGGAGCAACAUCAUCAACAUCAUCAUCCAAUAGACUAAGGACUGCGACCACAGCUCAAGUUAUUCUGACACCGCUUCAAAGAUGGAGACAAGAUAAGGCACAGGCACAUCAGCAGCAGGAUGAUGACGAGGAGGAUGCUCGUAUUGCUCCCCCACGACUACUGAGUUCUCGUUUGCCACCUGUUGGUGCUGGUACGGCUGGUGCUGGUAGUGUCUUAGCAGAGGAGUCUGAUUUAUCUGGAGAUAUGGAACCACCAGAAUUGAAUACCAUUGAAUUCAAACAACAAAAGUCUGGACCCAACGAGAAAGACAAUGUCUUUCUAGAAACAAGUGGAGGCUCGUCUACUUUGUUCCAUUCCGUAAUGCAUUCUGAGAACAGCACUCACCAUACACAUAAUAAGUCGGAUCAUGAUUCUGAUAAUGAUCAACCAUCUGGUUCAAUGUUUGAUGAAAUCCUUCAGAACAUGUCACAAGCAUCGGCCCAAGCCAACGAAUCUCAAUCAGAUUCUACCGAUACGAGUGAGUUAGGAUCCUUCUUGAAAACAAGGUUGAAAAGCCUUCGUGAUGACUAA